ACUGUUGCUUGGGUUGACAUCUUGGAAGUUGUUUGACAACCGUACUUGAACCUACUCGGAAUGCAUCUAAAGAAACCUCUUGCGAAUUCAUGAAAGGAGGUGGAUAUCAAGAUUAGGUCCGAGACUCUAUUAAAGGGUGCGGGCAAACGGCAACAGAGACAUGGCUCUCAUGAUGGGGCUACUGUCGACGGCUGCCUUGCCACUACGGUUUGGAGUAAGGUCGUUGGGACGAUACUCCAUUGCCACCACAGCUCGGAUCCUGACUGCUAGAGGGUACAGUGCCCCUGCAAUCAACACAAUCCUGUCGAAGUGCUCCAGGCCAUCAUCAGUUUAUGCUGACAUUCAUCUGAAGCACAGACUCCGGUACUCUACCGAAUCACCAAAAGGGGAAAAUCCCAAAGAGUCAGAGCCCUCUAGCAGCAGCAGCAGUGGUGGUGGAGGAGGAGGAGGUGGGAGAAAAGGAGGUGGAGGAGGAGGGAAAAAAGACUGGUGGAGUCGUCUCCAAAAGGGUGAUUUCCCAUGGAAUGAUAAGGACUUCCAGCAGCUAUUGUUAAUCGCAGGUGGAUUCUCCGGUACCCUGCUUCUCUACCUAAACUUUAGAGACCGGGGAAAGGAAAUUACAUGGAAAGACUUUGUCCAUCGCUUCUUGGAUAGAGGAUUGGUGGACCGCUUGGAGGUGGUGAACAAGCAGUAUGUGCGAGUAAUCUUAGUGCCCAGAGCAGAUGCUGGAGAUGGGAGUUAUGUGUGGUUCAACAUUGGUAGUGUGGACACGUUUGAAAGGAACCUUGAGACGGCUCAGCAGGAGUUGGGACUGGAGCCCCAGCGCAGGGUAGCUGUGGUCUACAGCUCCGAGAGUGAUGGGUCCUUCCUGAUGAGCAUCAUUCCUACUCUGCUGCUGAUUGGAUUUCUCCUCUUCACUCUACGACGAGGGCCAAUGGGAGGAGGUGGAGGAGGCGGAAGGGGCGGGCUUUUUAGCAUGAGCCAGUCGAAUGCCAAAAUGAUGAAGGACAACAUUGAAGUGAAAUUCAAGGACGUAGCAGGAUGUGAGGAAGCCAAACUGGAGAUCCUGGAGUUUGUCAACUUCCUGAAGAACCCUCAGCAGUAUAAAGAUCUAGGAGCCAAAAUUCCAAAGGGUGCGGUGCUCUCCGGCCCACCGGGCACUGGGAAGACGCUGCUGGCCAAAGCCACCGCAGGGGAGGCUAAUGUGCCCUUCAUCACCGUCAACGGGUCAGAGUUCCUGGAGAUGUUCGUGGGUGUCGGACCUGCCAGAGUACGGGACAUGUUUGCCAUGGCUCGUAAGAACGCUCCCUGCAUCCUCUUCAUAGAUGAGAUCGAUGCUGUGGGCAGAAAGAGAGGUGGUGGCAACUUUGGUGGCCAGAGUGAACAGGAGAACACCCUCAACCAGCUGCUAGUAGAGAUGGAUGGAUUCAAUACCAGCACCAAUGUGGUGGUUCUGGCAGGGACCAACAGGCCAGAUGUCCUGGACCCGGCACUCAUGAGGCCCGGCAGAUUUGACAGGCAGAUCUACAUCGGUCCACCUGACAUUAAGGGCCGAGCGUCCAUCUUCAAAGUUCACCUGAGGCCUCUGAAACUGGACCCCAGCAUGGACAGUGAUGCCCUGGCGAGGAGGAUGGCGGCAUCCACUCCAGGUUUUACUGGAGCUGAUAUUGCCAAUGUGUGUAAUGAAGCUGCUUUGAUUGCUGCUCGGCAUCUGAACGCGCACGUCUCCGUGAAGCACUUUGAGCAGGCCAUCGACAGGGUGAUUGGAGGUUUGGAGAAGAAAACCCAGGUCCUGCAGCCCACGGAGAAGAAGACCGUGGCCUUCCACGAGGCCGGCCAUGCCAUCGUGGGCUGGUUCCUGGAGCACGCCGACCCCUUACUGAAGGUGUCCAUCAUUCCCCGUGGGAAGGGGUUGGGUUACGCCCAGUACCUGCCCAAGGAGCAGUACCUGUACACGCGCGAGCAGCUGUUCGACAGGAUGUGCAUGAUGCUGGGAGGCCGCGUGGCGGAGCAGGUGUUCUUUGGCCGAAUCACCACGGGAGCCCAGGACGACCUGAAGAAGGUCACCCAGUCAGCCUACGCCCAGAUAGUGCAGUUUGGCAUGAGUGACAAGGUGGGCCAGGUGUCGUUUGACCUGCCGCGACAGGGGGAGAUGGUGAUGGAGAAGCCCUACAGCGAGGCCACGGCGGAGCUCAUCGACCAGGAGGUGCGGGAGCUUGUGGACCAGGCCUACCAGCGUACCAUGGAGCUCAUUCUGGACAAGAGGGAGAUGGUGGAGAUGGUGGGUAAGAGGCUUCUGGAGAAGGAGGUGCUGGACAAGGCCGACAUGCUGGAGCUGCUGGGCCCGCGACCCUUCCUGGAGCGCUCCACCUACGAGGAGUUUGUGGAGGGCACGGGCAGCUUCGAGGAGGACACCAGCCUGCCCGAGGGCCUGAAGGACUGGAACGUGGAGCGCGGCAUCAAGGAGGCCCAGGAGGAGGAGCCGGCCAAGGAGAAGCAGGCGGUUUAGGGCCAGGAGUGAGGGACACCUCCUUCCCUCCCUGGCCUCGGGGCCCUCCUUCUCUGCCCUUCAACGCUCCUCCUCUUUGGACUUAUCUUCUUUGCUGCCCAAGAUGGAGGAUGCAAAGGAUUUUUUUUGGGACUAGAUCUCCCUGAAAUGGACUGUGGCUUUCACAUGCCCAACACACACAGACAUACACAUAAUGUAUUUAUAUUUGCAACUGUAGAGUUGAUUUUACUGGCUUCACAGCAAGAGAAUUUCUCUGAGGCCUUAACAGCACUGAUUUGGUGAAGUGGUGUUGUUCAGGUACCGGUAAAUAUUUGGUACCUCCGUGUCAUUUUUUUUUCCAAGUAAUAUACCAUUUUAUGUACAUAAAAUGACAUUAAGUGUUCAUCAAGUGGUGAAGAAAGACAAUGAUGUAAAUGUAGGCUCAAAGGCUUAACGAGGCUUUCCACAAAAAACAAAUCACUUCAUGAAGCAUAUCACAUCUGAUAUACAGUAUAUGUUUUUAUUUAUGACUUUGUGUGUCUACCCAAUUCAUUUCUGGUAAAAGAGCUGGUCAUAAAUUAAAAAAAAAAAACUGAAGAGAUGUGAAAUAUUGGAUCUGCACAAAACAUGAAGGCCACUUAGGCACUCAGUUGUACCAUACCAAACACCAGCGCUACCUACCACCUAUGUUGUGAUUUGAUUAAAUGCUUAAAUUCAAUUUUUCUGGAA